AUGGCUAUUUUCAAAAGAAAACCCGAAUCGGAAGCAACCACCGACGUGGACACUGAGUCGCUCUCGUCGAAGUCCACGGCGAUGUCCAUGAGCAGUUCCAAGAAGGGUCUAAUCAAGAGACAAACACCUUUUGAACACCCAGUCAACCCUAUUAAAGAGCCAGACUUCGACUUGUCUGAGGAGCAGGAGGCCAAAUAUCAGCAGGUGUUGAAGCACUUCCAACAGUAUAUUCUAAACGAGAUUCCAGUCAAUGACUCGCAUAACGCUCCCACACAUCCCAUUACCGAUGAGGAGAAGGCCUGGAUGACCAAAGAGUGCUUUUUGCGCUACUUGAGAGCCACCAAGUGGAAGGUUGAAGCUGCCAUAAAGCGUAUUGAGGAGACGAUAGUGUGGAGACGGACGUUCGGUGUGAUUGAAAUCCCGGGACACACAGAUCCAAAGAAGAAGGUCACGGCAGACCUCGUGGAGCCCGAGAAUGUCACGGGAAAGAACUUAAUUGUUGGAUACGACAACGACAACAGACCUUGUUUAUAUUUGAGAAACGGCUACCAAAACACAUCGGCCUCCAUCAGACAGGUGCAGCAUUUGGUCUUCAUGCUCGAGAGAGUCAUCCAAUACAUGCCUCCGGGCCAGGAUACGCUUGCGUUAUUGAUCGACUUCAAGGCUGCGCCCGCCAGUAUGAAUCUAUCUUCAAAGUUUCCCUCGCUCAGUAUCUCCAAGCAAGUCCUACACAUUUUACAGAACCAUUAUCCGGAGAGAUUGGGUAGAGGCUUGUUCACCAAUAUUCCGUGGAUUGGCUACACUUUUUUCAAGGUUGUGGGCCCAUUCAUUGACCCUUACACGCGUCUGAAAACUAUCUACGACCAACCAUUCGAGAAUUUUGUUCCUAAGGAACAGCUUGACAAGGAGUUCAAUGGCAUGUUAGACUUUGAGUACGUGCACGAUGUGUACUGGAAGUCCAUGAACGAGUUGGCCGAAAAGAAGCUGGAAGUAUUCUAUGCGAAUUUCGAGAGGUUAGGUAAGGAAAUUGGGUUGAGUGAAUAUGAUUUGAAGAGACUCCACAUAGUAUAG